GCUGUAUCUUCUACUCCUUCCGAAUACGGUUCUUCAAGCGACAAUAUGAGUCCUCGUACUGCAAGUAGUCAAGAUAUGCCUGUUGCCGACAAGAAUGCUUUCAUUGAAUCUAACGCCACCAAGAAGCACUGGCAACACAGUAUGAGUCCUGCUGCCAGAGCCAAAGAACUAGGCGCCGAAAUGCAGCAAGUCCUUCAAACCCGUAAGAGUCCCGAAAGAAAAUCUCUCAAGAUCGGCGAAAAGAAAGAAUACAAGCUUGAUUAA